UCAAGAACGAGUAUCACUUGUCAUGUGAUGUCGGCAUGGCGGUGUUUGCAGAUUUAAACCUGAAGAAGGGCUCCGACACAAAAGCGCUUAAGGGGCUUCUAGAGAAUGCCGCUCACCUUGGGUUUUCCACUGUUGCCAUUAAUCAUGUGGUGGACUUUAAAGAAAAGAAACAGGAAAUUGACAAACCAAUAGUUCCCUCUGAGCUUUUUUCAUCUUUACCUAUUGUACAGGGGAAAUCAAAACCAAUUAAAAUUUUAAGUAGACUGACACUUAUAGUAUCAGAUCCAUCUCACUGCAAUGUUCUGAGAGCAACAUCUUCUCGCGUCAAGCUUUAUGACAUUGUUGCAGUCUUUCCUAAGACAGAAAAACUUUUCCAUGUUGCUUGCACAAGUUUAGAUGUGGAUUUGGUGUGUAUAUCAGUAACAGAGAAAUUGCCAUUUUAUUUCAGAAGACCUCCCAUUAAUGUGGCAAUUGAGCGAGGCAUAGGCUUUGAAAUUACUUAUUCUCCUGCCAUCAAAGACUCCACAAUGAGAAGAUACACCAUUUCCAAUGCUCUCAGUCUGAUGCAGAUCUGCAAAGGGAAGAAUGUAAUUGUAUCUAGUGGUGCUGAAAGGCCUUUAGAAAUAAGAGGACCAUAUGAUGUAGCAAACUUAGGCUUGUUGUUUGGACUCUCUGAAAGUGAUGCUAAGGCAGCAGUGUCCACAAAUUGCAGGGCAACACUUCUUCAUGGAGAAACUAGAAAAACUGCUUUUGGUAUUAUUUAUACAACAAAGAAACCAAGAACAACUGAGGAGGAUGACAGUGUUCCAGCCUGCAAAAAAGCCAAGUGUGAGAACUGACUAAAAGAGGCACCAGGACUUUAACCGGCACAUCCCCCUCCUCUCAUUGGCUGUCACCAACAAUCAUGAAGAAAAGACUUUGCCAGGCUCUCUGCUUGAAUUUUAUUUUGAAAUCAAUCAUUUUUUUUUUUUUGUGCCCUAGUUAAUAAAAAAAAGGAAAGAAUAAAAGAAAAAAAAAGGAAGUAGACUAAUGAACUACCACUAAUAACCAUAGUAUCAGAUAAUUUAGAUGACUGUGUGAAUCAUAUUUUGUCUCUACUUGCAAGUAAGAUGUUAUGGAAAACAAACACUUGACAGAAUGUAUUAAUUAAUUGAAAUAUUACUUUAUCCUAUUUCUUUUUAAAUACUUUUAUGCUUUUUUAUACAAUAUCAGUAAUUUAUUUCUUCCAUAUUACUAUUCAAAAUAAAUAGUAUAUUUAGGGGUAUAUUAAAAUUUGCCAUGUGAGUAAAACUUUUGUAAUACUAACUUUGAGACAUGAAGAGGAGAUCUUUUUUAUUUUAAAAUUUUGUUGCAGAAAAGAAAUAUGUCAAGUUAUUUGUUUUGAUACAAUAAAUAUUUCUCAACAGAUA